CCCGAAUGUGCUUCGGCCUGUAUAUAAAGAGAGGCCGGCGAGGUUCUUUCUUCUCGAAAAGAAACUGAGAGCCAUUCGAUAAACACCUACUGUACAACACCAUGUUCUUCGGCAAGAUAUCUCGACAAUCUCUAUUCCGUGCGGCGAUAUGGACUGGAUCCAUGGCGUUGGUAUGCGCGGUGCAACUCUCUCGGGAAGCUGACCGCGGCACGUCGCUGGAGGCUACGAGGUUUGCGGCAGCCGAUAUCAAUGGCGGUGUAUACUACGAGAUUGCAGAGGACAUCAAGGGCAAGGACUACGCGUAUACCGUCUACUCGAAGCUGACUGCCACCGAUUCCAACAAUGUAACAAAAUGGGAGUCCCAUUAUACGGAGGAAGCCUCGUCAUACACCACUCAACUGAUUACAGGCGAAGCCAAUUCCGAUGUGUAUGAAGUUGGAAUCGCUCCAGACUUCAUUGCCACUCGUCGCUUCGACGCCACCGAUGGCACGUUGCUCUACACACACCAUGUCAAGGGCAGUGCCUGCCCAUCCCCAGUGUAUGCCACCGGCGCCGCCGAUCCCCUGACCGGUGACUUUUAUCUUCUCGGCGUCUGCCAACCAACGUCGGAAACAGCCUCCGACGACGAUGGCAACUUCCUCUUCGUCCAGAUCAUCGACAAAAAGGGCAAGUUCGGCAAACGCCGACGCGUGAAAAACGUCCAAGCCGCACAAUCGUUUAUCUCUAUUGGGGGCUUCGAUGGCAAAGGCGAAGCUGCGACUAAGUCGGGCAGUAAGACACAGGUCGUGAUCUACGUCGCUGGCUAUAGGAACCAUAAGGGCAGGAAGGCCGGAGUCCCCUUCGUCGCCGCCUACAAGCCGCGCACGCUCGCUCAAAUCAGCCCCCCGCGGAAGAUCGACGAGCCCGCAUCCUACCCCUUCAUCUCAUCACUGGCUGUUCCGAUCGCGACGCGUGAACCCAUCGUCGCCCUCUCAUCGCCUUCGGACGGCGAUGGACUCCUCCUCCGCUCGAAAGCCUCGCUCAAAAGCGUCGUUGCAAACGUCACGAUCCCAUUUGCAGACGCCAAAAUCCUAGCCGGGAAAACCGCGCUUUACGUGUGCGGCACCCCACACCAGUCACAAGGGCCCGUCGAGCUGCAGGUGCGCCAUGUGGAGACAUUGGAGCUUUGGACGAGCGUCAAAUUGGACGGAUCUACCUACUGCGAGUUUUUGCAGCUGGCUGAAGGCGAUGGAGCCAGUUGCGGGGACGAGGGCGACUACAUCACCGUGAGCGCGAGAUAUAAGGGGUCAGAGGAAAGGCUUACCACUUACUAUUGCGAAGGAUGAGACUGGGCAAAUAGAUGGGAUUAGUGACCAACGUUGGAGGAUGUAGUAUAAUUCCGUGAGGAGAUGUGGUUAGGAUGCGGG